AUGUCUGCUUUGGAUUUUUUACACAAUGCUCUCACAGUUGGUAACACGAGACUGCGCAUAGAAAAGGAUGACAGGGACACUGUCAUCUUCUUUUUCAUGGUUCUCUCAGUUGUGAGAUUAGUAAUGGUAGGAGUAAACAACGCAUCUGCCAGAGGAAUCCCCUCGUUGGUUCCAUAUCUCUUGAAGAAGCUGAACAUUUGUCACCCCAAGAAAAAGCACAAGUUGGCUGAGUCCCUGUGGUUCUUUACUGACCCACCAAUAACUGGAGGGAAGAUAAUAGCAAAAUGGCCCUUGAUUGUCAUGUCUCCAGAGGCGAAAACGCUCAUACUAAUGUGCACUGGUUUUUGGAUCUCCUGUCUAGUCUACAUAAACUGGGAAACCAGAAGGUCAGACAUGGAGAUUUUGCGCUUUCACCAUAUAACCACUAUACUUUUGAUUAUAGUUGCCCAUAUAUACAACUUUUACAGGAUAUCAUUACUUAUAAUAUUAUUUCACGAUGUACCGGAUGUACUCUUGUAUGCAACAAAGUCCUUGUCGUACACAAAGUUUGUGCAUAAAGGCAUAACCACGAUAUUCUUUGUACUUUAUGGGUUAUCACAUUUUCUUGGUCGUUUUAUUCUUCUCUCAAAAUACAUUGUGUAUCCACUGCUGUUAAACCUUGACCCAUUUGAGCAUGUUGGAGGGAAAAUUACAAAAGCAUGGGAGCUACCAGGAGGUAUUUUCUGCCCUAUUUCUAUAAUCUGUCUUACGAUCAUGAACAUUUACUGGCUAAAUCUAAUUAUCAAAGUAUUUAGAAUGGCUGUGUUAGAGAAUGGAGACGUGGAGGAUAUUCGUGAAGAGGACGAUGACUAG